AAUUAUCUACAACAGUUUUGGAAAAUUUCUUAUAAAAUAUAAAAGUAGAAAAACAUUAGAUAAAAACAGACUAACAAAGAUUGACGACAUAUAUAAAGAAAAAAGAAAAUUUACAUUACGAUCGGCAACUUAAAUAUAACCAAUUCUGUGUUUUUCUACAUACCAUUGAUAUUUUUGCAUAAUUCUCGAUUUUGCUGAUUUCCGACAAUUAUGUGUACUUCUUUACAAAAACAGGAUACUCAAGAGUGCAAAAAUAUAUUGGAAUUUGUCAAGAAGCUGUGCUUCAGUAUCUUGAAAUUUCUGAUCAUACAACUGCAUUUCUUCUUUGACCGCAUUAUAGACUUUAUUUUUGGCAUAUUUUAUGAUAAAAAAGCUAAGAAGGUACCACCUGUGAAAGAUCCUCUGCUGUUAGAAAGUGCUGUUUCUUUGGCAAAAAAAAUCAGGACAAGACAAGUUACAUCGGAGGACGUAGUGAAAGCUUAUAUCAAGAGAUGCCAGGAAGUGAAUAGUUUGAUCAAUGCUAUUGUAGAAGAAAGAUAUUCAGAUGCGAUUGAAGAGGCCAUAGCAGUAGAUGCUAUGAUAGAAAAAGGCAUAGAUAUAGAAAUGAUAAAGAUGAAACAACCAUUUCUGGGAAUUCCCUUUACCACCAAGGAGAGCAAUCAGGCCAAAGGGAUGAUCCACUCUAUGGGCAUACUUCCACGCUGUAACAUUCGUUCAGAAAAGGAUGCCACAGUAGUAGGUUAUUUAAAGGAGGCUGGUGGGAUUCUAAUUGCAAAAACCAAUAUCCCAGAACUCAAUUUGUGGAUUGAAUCGAGAAACAAAGUUUAUGGACAAACAAAUAACCCUUACAACACCACUAGGACUGUGGGAGGCAGCAGUGGAGGGGAAGGAGCUAUAAUCGCUGCAUGUGGUGCACCAAUUUCCAUUGCUAGUGACAUAGGGGGGUCUACUAGAAUGCCUGCUUUCUUUAAUGGAUUGUUUGGUUUUAAACCCAGUGAAGGAGUAACUCCAAUAGCUGGGAUUGGAUUGCGGGAGGAAGAUUAUCCGAAUACGAUGGUAUCAGCUGGGCCAAUUUGUAAAAAAGCUGAAGAUCUAACAUUAUUUUUGAAAGUGCUGGCUGGUCCUAACACAACUAUGUUAAGACUGUACGAUUCAGUAAACUUAGCAGACUUGAAGGUGUAUUAUCAAGAAUGUUCUGGCGACUUGAGAGUAAGCAAAGUGAAUAAGUCUAUGCGAGUGGUGUUAAAGAAAGCGGUAGAACAUUUAAAAAAUCUUACAGGUAGUGCAACAAAGAUCAAAAUACCAGGUUCUGAGUACAGCUUCAAGCUAUGGAAGUACUGGAUGAGCCGUGAAAACUUCAAUUUUAAACUGGAAAUAACAGGUCGAAAGUAUGUCACCAAUGCAAAAAAAGAGCUCUACAAUUUCAUUACUGGAUCAUCAGAAAUAACACUGGCUGCUAUUAUGAAGUUGGUGGAUGAGGACUUUUUACCGAAAGUCAAUGCAAAAUGGGCGGAAGAAGUCACUGGGAUGGCGAAUAAAUUUCUGACGAACGUAUUAGGUCACGAUGGCAUUCUGUUGUAUCCUUCGGCCCCAUUCCCAGCUGUUUACCACUACUCCAGUUUAUUACGUCCGUUUAACUUCAGCUACUGGUGUUUGUUCAACGUUCUACGAUUUCCAGUUUGUCAAGUACCAAUGGGCUUGGACGAAAACGGCUUACCAGUCGGUAUUCAGGUGGUAGCUGCUCCCUACAACGAUCACUUAUGCAUUGCAGUGGCUAAAGAACUUGAGAAAGCAUUUGGAGGUUGGGUUCCUCCAUCAUGAACUGUGCACAAGGUAGCUACGUUUUUCGUUAAAUAGAAUUAAGUUGAUUAUAAUUUUUUAUUACUAAUAAUCUUUCAACGGCAUUUAUAAAAGUUAGACUAAAAGAAUUGCAAAAUGCAUGUGAUUAUGUGCAAUAUCACUAAUCAGCUAUGAUAGUAAGUUAAUCUUUUGUAUGCAAUAUUUUUAGAUACUCUUAUUGUUCCUAAUAUAUUUGUUCUUUAUGGAA